CACACAAAAAAUGCCAAAAUUAUUCUUAUUUAAUUUUCUAAUAAUUAUUUAUUUAUUUCCUUUUUUAAAACAAUUUUUGGCCGAAAGCUUACUUUUCGAAUGGAUUCCCUCUAACCAACUGUCUAAAACAAAAUAUUGGAUUAAUAAAGAGAAUUGCGAGAAAAGAGAAAAUAAAAAUAAUUCUUUCGUGGCAAUACUUGAAGGGGAAAUGAAGGCAAUAUUACCUGAAAAUGGAAUUAUUUUCUUUGGAAAUAAAGCUAAAAUUGAGGAAGAAAAAAAUAAAGAAAAGAAACAAUGUUUAGAAGAAUCAUUCAACAGUCCAAAAAUAGACGAACCAAAUUUUUUUGAUGGGGCCAACUGGCAAAUAAAAAAAGUAAAAAGUGUAAUAGAGAAAGAAGAGUAUGAUGAAAAUGAAGAAGAAAAAGAAAGUAUUUCAUCAAAUAUAUUUUUGUUAGAUGCUGAAAAAGUUCCCUCAAUAAAGGUAAAUUUAAAAAGUUUAAAAAAUAUUUUUAAAAAGAAAGGGGGGAAAAAGAGGGGAAAAUAUUUAAAUUUAUUAAAAUAUUGAGGGAAUAUUGAGGGAAAAUGAAGGAGAAAUUUUAAAAUAAAAUAAAUUAAACUGUUGCCAAAUUACCAAAACACGGCCAUAUUUAAAGGAAAAAUUAAAGGGGUGGGAAGAAAUGAAUAAACCUGACGCAAUUUUUGUUUUAUAUUUAUUUCCGUUAACAUUAAAAGUUAGU